AUGGAUGAACGAUUCGGAAAACAAACACCAGAUGUUAGUUACGCAGGAGAACACAUUCACGAUUUGGAGCAGCAGCUUAUGGAGGCUCAACAAAUCGUGGGGAUGCACUCCUCUUACUGUCAGGAAUUGUUUAAUGAGCUUGAGUGUAGCAAGGUGAUAAUUGAACAACUGGAGGCCCAACUAAAUCAGGUAGAACACCAUGCUGAUCAUUACUACCAGCAGCAUCAGAUGGAACAAGACCGCUGUAAAGAGAUGGAGCAGGAGGUAGUGGAUAAGGAAGUUCAGAUAGUGGAACUGGAUAGUAAAGUGAAGAACUUGGAACUCGAACUCAAAGUGAAGGAUGAUGCAAUGGCUAGGAUGGAAGCUAAGAAUCAAAGGCUUUGCCGAAGGGUCUCUUUAGGAGCACAGCGGAUUGACAUUCUUGAAUGUCAAAUUGCCGCAGAGAGACUCAUCGCCCAACAGUCUUCUACUUCGAUGGGACCUCAGCCUGCACACCCACGCCAUGUGGUCACAAUCGACAGUUCGGAGGAGGACCCAGAGGAGGACCCCGAGGAGUACCCAGAGGAGGAUAUGAUGGAUGACGAUUGA